UCAUCUUUAUAAUUAUUCAUAAUUAUUAUACAAGUCGCUGUAUGUUCGAUAGGGAGAGAGAGAGAGCGCUCCAAUGGCGGAAGAACCACCGACACACACCUCGACCUCACAACAAUCCUCUUCUAAGAUAUCUUCCGAAGACCCUCCCAAGCAUCAGGGACCAGCAUUAUGUGGCCCUGGCGCUUUACCAAAUGGUGUUCAGAUGUUUCCAAUCAUGUACCCUGCACUUGUUCCCGGGUUAUACAAUUCACAGAACCAGGAACAGAUGAACCGUGGAGCAGGCAUAUAUGCUGUUCCUGUCCUCUCAUUUAUGGGUCCCGUUGCUGGAUUUCAGCCCAAUGCUCUUGUCCCUCUCACCUACAGUAUACCCACUACUAGACCAAGUUCUUCUGAGGCUACAACUGUGGUUGACGAGCAAGGGCACGCGGGACAGCAACAACAGCAACACCAACACCAACACCCAGCACCUCAAAGACAAGUUGUUGUGAGGAGAUUUCAAAUUGCUAUUCAGCUUGACCUUUUACUCAUACUAAAGCUGGCUGCAGUAAUAUUUUUGUUCAACCAAGAUGGGUCAAGGCAAAGGCUUGUUCUCCUCGUGUUUUUUGCUUCACUUGUUUAUCUAUAUCAAACUGGAGCUCUCGCUCCACUGAUACGAUGGCUUUCACAAGGAAUGCCAAGGGCAGCUGCACCUCCCCAACCACCAAGGCCGGCUGCUAGGGCAGAGAAUGUCCCUCCUGCCGCGAGGCAGGGGAAUGAGAAUGCUGCUGGAGCAGAGGGACAUGCCGAGAAUGAGAAUCAGCCUCUAAUUGACAUAAAUCAGGCGGCAGUUGAGAAUGAGAAUGAGAAUGAGAAUGAGCAUGAGCAUGAGCAUGAGCAUGAGCAUGUGGUGGAACCGGAUGGUGGCAACCGCUGGUGGGGAAUAGUUAAGGAGAUCCAAAUGAUUGUCUUUGGCUUCAUCACUUCCCUUCUUCCGGGUUUUCACAACAUGGAUUAGAUUUUGUACCAACUAACAGAGUUGUAGACCAUGGGAUAUGAUGAAAGAGGAAAGGAGAGGGAAAAUGGUUGUUUUGUUCUUUUUUUAGUAUUUAUUAUUAAAUACAAAUAAAUGUAAAAACACCAAAAAUUCUCAUAGGUUUGUCUGGUACAUGAUGCGUAAUUUGUGUAUGGUUGUAUUUUGAUGGCAUCAUUUGAUAACCAAACUUUGGCAAGAUGUGCCAUGAAAAUUGGUGUCAAAACUGAAAUUUUCUCGUGUCUUUUGUUUU